CCGGUUGAUUCGGUGACCGGUUUGAGUCGGUCUCCUGCAUAUAUAUAGAUGAGCUCCGAUCCCUCUUCCUCAUAUCAUCAUUCAGCUCAUCUCUAAAUCUCAAUAUUCCUCCAUUUUCUGGUUAUAGUCGUUCGUCAAUUCAUUUGAUCCAAGAUGCAGAUCUUUGUGAAAACCCUAACUGGUAAGACAAUCACCCUCGAAGUUGAGAGCUCAGACACCAUUGACAACGUCAAGGCAAAGAUCCAAGACAAGGAGGGGAUCCCCCCAGACCAGCAGAGGUUGAUAUUUGCCGGCAAGCAGCUUGAGGAUGGCCGGACUCUUGCAGAUUACAACAUCCAAAAGGAGUCCACCCUUCACUUGGUCCUCCGCCUCCGUGGAGGCAUGCAGAUCUUUGUUAAGACCUUGACCGGAAAGACUAUCACCCUUGAGGUCGAGAGCUCAGACACCAUAGACAAUGUCAAGGCGAAGAUACAAGACAAGGAGGGGAUCCCCCCAGACCAGCAGAGGUUGAUCUUUGCUGGCAAGCAGCUCGAGGAUGGCCGUACUCUUGCUGAUUAUAACAUCCAAAAGGAGUCCACCCUUCACUUGGUCCUCCGCCUCCGUGGUGGCAUGCAAAUCUUUGUUAAGACCUUGACCGGAAAGACUAUCACCCUUGAGGUCGAUAGCUCAGACACCAUUGACAACGUCAAGGCAAAGAUCCAAGACAAGGAGGGCAUCCCCCCUGACCAGCAGAGGUUGAUCUUUGCUGGCAAGCAGCUCGAGGAUGGGCGAACACUUGCUGACUACAACAUUCAAAAGGAGAGCACUCUUCACUUGGUGCUCCGCCUCCGUGGUGGUAUGCAAAUCUUCGUUAAGACCUUGACUGGAAAGACCAUCACCCUUGAGGUCGAGAGCUCAGACACCAUAGACAAUGUCAAGGCGAAAAUCCAAGACAAGGAGGGCAUCCCCCCAGAUCAGCAGAGGUUGAUCUUUGCUGGCAAGCAGCUCGAGGAUGGGCGAACACUUGCUGACUACAACAUUCAAAAGGAAAGCACUCUUCACUUGGUGCUCCGCCUCCGUGGUGGUAUGCAAAUCUUCGUUAAGACCUUGACUGGAAAGACCAUCACCCUUGAGGUCGAGAGCUCAGACACCAUAGACAAUGUCAAGGCGAAGAUCCAAGACAAGGAGGGCAUCCCCCCAGAUCAGCAGAGGUUGAUCUUUGCUGGCAAGCAGCUCGAGGAUGGGCGAACACUUGCUGACUACAACAUUCAAAAGGAGAGCACUCUUCACUUGGUGCUCAGGCUGAGGGGUGGCAUGCAAAUCUUUGUGAAGACUCUGACUGGUAAGACGAUCACGUUGGAGGUGGAGAGUUCGGACACCAUAGACAAUGUCAAGGCUAAGAUCCAAGACAAGGAGGGCAUCCCUCCAGACCAGCAGAGAUUGAUCUUUGCUGGCAAGCAGCUCGAGGAUGGACGAACGCUUGCUGACUACAACAUUCAAAAGGAGAGCACGCUUCACUUGGUCCUCCGCCUCCGUGGUGGAAUGCAAAUCUUUGUCAAGACGCUUACUGGGAAAACCAUCACUUUGGAGGUUGAGAGUUCGGACACGAUUGACAACGUGAAAGCAAAGAUCCAGGACAAAGAGGGCAUCCCACCAGACCAGCAGAGGCUCAUCUUUGCAGGGAAGCAGCUUGAGGAUGGUCGCACGUUGGCGGACUACAAUAUCCAGAAGGAGUCCACCCUACAUCUGGUGCUGAGGUUGCGCGGAGGGAUGCAGAUCUUUGUGAAGACUCUGACCGGGAAGACAAUCACGCUGGAGGUGGAGAGUUCGGACACGAUUGACAACGUGAAAGCAAAGAUCCAGGACAAGGAGGGCAUCCCGCCGGACCAGCAGAGGCUGAUCUUUGCUGGGAAGCAGCUGGAAGAUGGAAGGACUCUAGCAGACUAUAACAUACAGAAGGAGUCCACCCUCCACCUUGUCCUGCGCCUUCGUGGUGGUUUCUAAAAUGGUGGCUUUGCCUUUGUCUGAUUUGUUUGCUUCUUUUGAUGUUGGGAGUUUCAGUUUCUAAAAUGGUGGCUUCUGCCUGUGUGAUUUGUUUGCUUUUUGGAUUAUAAUGUUUUGUUUCAGUGAAUGCUAUAUGCCUAUAUUACUUU